GUGGCAACGCUCCGUUCAGUUUCAUUUUUCCACUUUUCCGUAUAUCCGUUAUAACGAUUGAUAAUUAAAUUAAAAAUAUGAAAACCUAAUGAUUAUAAGAUAUUAUAGUAUCAUAUACUUCUGCUAUAUCUUUCCUUUUACAAAAUUGCAAUCAAUGAGUAAUUCUAGAUGAAUUUCUAACCUCAAUGGCGGGAAUUCGCAAUAUUUUGGUGUUGUUGUUAGUGUUGCUUAGUACAGUUGCCAGUAACCGUGUAUUAGAGUUAAGCGACCGAUUUCUUGAAGUUCGUAACAAUGGUGUUUGGUUAGUCAUGUUUUAUGCUCCAUGGUGUGGCCACUGCAAAAAUUUAGAACCAAUAUGGAAUCAGGUUGCUCAGUCUUUGGUAGACACAGACAUAAGAGUUGGUAGAUUAGAUUGUACUAGAUUUAGCAGUGUUGCAGUUGAAUUUUCAGUAUCUGGUUUUCCUACAAUAUUGUUUAUUAAAGGCCACAAGACAGUUGAAUAUAAAGGAGACAGAGAGCGAUACGAUAUUGUUGAAUUUGCUCGAAGAAUGGAUGGUCCAGCAGUUCGUCACUUUGUCAACUGCGAACAGUUUCAAGUCAUCAAGAAAGAUAAGAAAGUGUUCUUUGUGUACGUGAAUGGUGCAAAAUUAGGCGAAGGUGAGGAAUUAAAGGAUAAUUUCACAAGAAUUGCUGAAGAAUUCCAAACAGUAAUGAAUUUUUAUACUGUCCCAGCCCAGUGCAUUUCUUUGGUUGAUGGUGUCGAUAUGCCUAAAGAACCGUCAAUAUUCGUUUGUAAGGAUGGGUCCUGUUUCCGGUAUGAAGCAGAAACCCAAAAGAGCAGAAACAAAACAUUAUACGAUUGGGUGAACAAAGAAAGGUUUCCAAGUUUUAUUAAAGUCACUCAUGGGAAUUUUUACCAGUUGAUGAAAAGUGGAAAGUAUGUGGUAAUUGCAGUUUUAGAAGAAAAUCAAAUAGGUGGGCUAACACUUAGAAUGUCUGAAUUCAGGGAUGUUUUGGAAGCUAUUGCUGUUAAUAAUAAAGAUAUAUAUCACGAGCAUUUUAUCUUUGGAUGGCUUGGGCAACCAGAAGUUGCAAAUAAUAUUGCUAUGACAACACUUUCCAUACCAAGCCUACUAGUAGUAAAUUCUACUACAUAUGAAUAUUAUUUGCCAGUUUUAGAAGAGGAUGAAAAAGUUCCUUCACCCCAGAGUAUCUUAGAGCUUUUAGACAAAGUGAAAAAUAAUAGUGCUGAGGCUCAUGGAGGUGAAACAUUCUUUUACCGAUUGUAUAGAACAUACUAUGGCGCUAAAACUUCCUUGAUGGGUAUGUGGAAAGGGAAUCCAGUUCUAACUACUGUACUUCUUGGGCUUCCUUUAGGCCUCUUUAGUAUUAUCUGUUACACAACCUGUUGCACUGACCUUUUAGACGCAGGUGAUGAAGAUGAUGAAACAGAGACAGUGGAUGAAAGACAUCAGAAGAGAGAAUAACACUUAUCUGCUGUGAUAUUGACAAGUAUUUUUUAUCGCUUGUAUUAUUUUGUAGAAAUAUGCAUAUUUAUUUCUGUACAAAUGUAUAUUUGUUUUUUAUUCAUAUGCAUAAGUAAUCUGAUUUUUUAACUGCAGUAUUGAAUUCGAUUUAUGAAAAAAAAAUAUCUGAAGACAUAUCUGCAAUAUAUAUAAUGCAUUUUUCUUUUGACAUCAUCAUAUGACUUGAAUUAAAACCAUUCUGUUGGAAAUAUGCUAAAAGAAAAUAGUUGUAUAAUACAGAAAUGUUUUGUACAUGGCAACUUAGCAAAUAUAAAAAGCUUAUUCAUUCUGAAAAAUACUCAAUGUAGAAAAUUUUUUCAAGUUGAAUAAAUAUUUUAUAAGUGCUCAUACAUAAAGUCAUGGUUAAAUUAUUUCAAUUGAUAUCUUUAACUUUUUGUGAAUUCUUGGCGUUUUAAGUGUAAUAUUUGCACAGAAUUUCAUACAAGAGCGUGUUGUAAAAUAAUAAAACUUAAAUCGUCAAA